UCACGGAACAGCUGAUAUAAACAAAAUUGGUUUCUCUUAAGGGAGGGGAAACAACAGCAAGCUUACUCUGGAAGUAACAACAUUUAAGAAGAAUUAACUAAAUUCCCAAGCAAAAAAGAAAGACAAACAUGGAAAUAGCCAAUACCUAUUACAGUAAAGAUGAAUAUGUGGAGACGGCAUCGGGCAAUAAAGUAAGCCGUCAAACUGUAUUAUGUGGCUCACAGAAUAUCGUGCUCAAUGGCAAGGUUAUUGUUCAAAGUGGUUCCAUUAUACGUGGCGAUUUGGCCAAUGUACGGACAGGGCGGUAUUGUGUUAUUAGCAAAAAUGCAGUCAUAAGACCACCAUGUAAACAAUUUAGCAAAGGUAUUGCCUUCUUUCCCAUGCACAUUGGUGAUCAUGUGUUUAUAGGGGAAGAUGCUGUGGUGUCGGCGGCAGUUAUUGGUUCGUUUGUGUACAUUGGAAAGAAUGCAAUUAUUGGCCGACGUUGUGUCCUUAAAGACUGCUGUAUCAUCGAAGAUGGUGCUGUCCUGCCACCGGAGACCACUGUGGGUAGUUAUAUGCGUUUCACAGCCAAAGGCACCAUUGAGGGUGGUCAAGGCAAUCCGAAUUUCGUGCCAACCGCAAUGCAGGAUCAAAUGAUAGACUAUACCAAAUCAUUCUAUGAACAUUUUGUUCGAGCUCCAGCGGCAUGUUAAC